AUGCCUCCCAAACUGAAUAUACGGACAGGUUGCGUCCUGUCAACAUUGAGGUCGUGGGGCCCCCCACGAAAAAGAGCCAUCCGCCGGGAAAAAAUGUCGCGGACAUGGAAAAGAGCCAAAGCCCUAACAGACUCUUCUGACUCUGAUUCGGAUUCUGAGGAGGUUUUGAAUGAGUUCGAUGAGAUCGGCUCCAUUGAAUCGGAGGUCUCCUCCCUGGGCCAUAGCCCUACACGCAAAGCGACCAUAACCACUAUUGACCACGCGGAUACAUCCGCUAUCCUAGACCCACAAGGUGAACCCUUAUUUGACCCCGAUGCUUUGCAAAACCCAAGGUCGGGGCACAUUAUAUAG